AUGCUGGGCCAUGAACGGGUGCUUUGCAUCCUGGUGACUUUGGCCGCCCUGGAUACAGCUGAACGCCCUCGGCUGAAGCAGCACGUCAUCGAAGCCGAUGAGAGUGAGGAUGAGAGCACUUCUGUGGGCUCCCUUUUGGAAGGCUUUGAGGUGGAAGGAGGAUGCCCACAGGACGCCGCCGUGCGCCGCGCCUUGAGGAGCCUGGGCUUCACCGAGUGGAAGCUGCGAAGUUUGUUGAAAAGUAAGACGUGGAUGGAAACUGGGGCUCGAGGUGUCCACUGGUCUGAGGAGGACCGCUGCGCCGUGACCGAGAUCAACUUUCCUCAUGAGGGCCACCAGGAGGACCUGCGCGGACCGUUGAGCUUCCGAGAGCUGCCGGAGCUGCAGCGCUUGGAUCUGCGGAACACCCACAUCACCGGAGACCUCAGCGAGUUGCCCUGCAAGUUGAAGCACCUCUACUUGCAGAACACGGAGGUGACGGGUAACCUCAGCAGCUUAGGCAACAUGACGCGCAUGAAGCGCUUGGAUCUCUCCCACACCACCAUCUCCGGAGACUUAGAGCACCUGCGGCCACUUCGCCAGCUACGGACGCUGCGGCUCUCAGACACCUUGGUCACCGGGGAUUUGCAAAGCCUGCAGGCGUCGCAGCUACAGGUUUUGGCGUUGGAGGACACCCGGUCUAUGGUGAUUUAG